UCGGGCCCCUUCUUCAUCCCCUCGCCCUCUCCCACCUACCCACCAAAACCAGCACCACCACUCCCAUCUCUUCCUCUCUCUCUCUCUCUUCUGGACUUUGGACCCCUCGUGCCCACCAAUUCCAUCCCAAAACUGAGGCCACCACCAGACAUGCCGGUGCUCUCCAGGACUCGCAGAACCCAUCUUCAUCGUUGACCCUUUUUCCGGUUCUUUCGCCUGCCGACACGGAGGUGGUGGAGCUCGAAUUUGAUCGGUACCCAAGAAGAAGCGGCGACUCUGUUUGUCGUCCAGCGCGAUCCCCAUGGAUAAGGCCAAGACGGCGGAGGUGGACGCGCCCCUCGACGCGGUCGGGUUCGAGUUCGAGGACAUAUCCGCCAACAGGGUCACCGGCAAAAUCCUCGUCUCCCCCAAGAGCUGUCAGCCGUUCAAGGUGUUGCACGGAGGGGUGUCGGCGAUGAUCGCGGAGGGGAUGGCGAGCGUCGGUGCCCACGUCGCCUCCGGCUUCAAGAGGGUGGCCGGGAUUCACCUGAGCAUCAACCACGUCAAGAGCGCGGUGGUCGGCGACCUCGUCCGCGCCGAGGCCACCCCCAUCAGCCUCGGCAAGACCAUUCAGGUGUGGGAGGUGCAACUAUGGAAGGUGAACCCGCAAAACUCCGAGAGCAAAUCCUUGGUGUCGUCGUCUCGGGUUACUCUCCUCAGCAACAUGCCGGUCCCUGAGCACUUGAAGGACGCAGACAAGAAUCUCAAGAAAUACGCGAAACUCUGACUACCAACAUACGAUCAGCAGCUCACUGUGGGGAUCAAACCCCAAACGUACGAGCCCGUUAUAUGACUAGAGUUCCUUUGAAUCAAACAAUUAUGGAUGUGCAAAUAACAAAACCACAUGUCUCAGCAAAAAUAUCGAACACUCAACUGACGGGGCUAGUACUUGCUGGGGCUAAACAUCACCAUGUUCUGAUGGAGGUUGUUUGCCCCGCUACAAGGCCAAGCCCCACGACUUGUACUCCAUUUAUGUGGCCAGUGUUCUUUGCUGACUGAGUUGAAAGUGAAAUGUAGGCAAAAUGUUGUCGUCACA